AGGUAAAAUGGAAAUACCAGCAGUUAAUUAGGUAAGCAGGUAUGGCUCCUCCCAGUCCCUAGAGAGAAUAUAACCUGCCACUGACACUCACAAGGCACUGACUUCUACACUGGGGAUACUGAGAAACUUGCAGCACCCGACUGGAGCAUCACUGCUGAAGCAAGAGCCACAAAAAUGAAGGAAGUUGUAAGCUCUUGUAUCUUACCACAGUCCCACCGUACAAGCAGUUUGAGGACAAUUGCUAAUAUGCUUGAUAAUGGAGGAGUGUGUGGAAUUCCCACUGACACUGUCUAUGCCCUGGCAGCUUCCUGCAAGCACCCAGAAGCUAUCAACAGGAUUUACUCCAUCAAGGAACGUCCAUCAGAAAAGCCUAUCUGUAUCUGCAUUUCCAACCUUGACCAGCUGAGGGUCAUCAAUCCCCCGUUCAGCCCCUUGCUGUGGAACUUCAUGGAUCUUGUAUACCCUGGAGGCAUAAGCUGCAUAGUACAGAAAGGAGAAUGGCUUAAAAAAUUAGGUGUCGGUCCUGCCUAUGAAACAGUCGGAACUAACGACUCCAUCAUGAUAAGGGUCCCAGACCACACAGUCACCGCUCAUCUCACAGACAUGACUGGGCCUUUAGCUAUCACGUCGGCCAAUCCAAGUGGAGAAAGUGAUAGCACCCAUCAUGAUAUGGUGAUAACCCGACUGAGUGAUAAGCUGGAUGCAGUUCUAUGUGAUGGAUACUCCAAUGAGCUUGUGGGAUCCACAGUUGUAAAUUGCACCAAAAUAAAUGAAGGCAUCAUUAAAAUCCUGCGUGAGGGCUGUGUGCCAACCACUAAGAUUAUGCAACUAUUUGAGAGAGCCAAGAACACUCCGGGGUUUUGUAGAAGCACAAUAAUAGAUGUCUUGGAACCUAAUGAUAUGUAUUGGAGCCCUGCUGGCAGGUCUCAGGAAACUGGAACUACUUGGAAUGAUUUAACUAUUUCCAUAAUGAGGUGGAAGGUGGAAACAGAGGAGACAACGGCUGAAGUGAAUACUUUUCAAGACUAUUCACCAAACCAGACUCAAGAAGCCUCCACUGGCUUAAUAGGAAAAUGCCAUAAAAUACUCCUGCACAGUCCACCAGGGUCCAGAAUGGGCAGGCCCAAAUAG